AUGAGCACUUCCGAAAAACAUCCUGUUUGUUCUGUCGUUGUCUUUUAUCUAAAAAUGUAUUCAAAGCAGUCAUAUCAAGGUUUUUUAGAUCUUUGUCAAGCAGAGAAGCUGGAUAAGAGUUCUUUCAAUGAUUUGAAAGAAAGGGUAAUCAAGGAAUGGUCACGUUAUGCAAAAGAAUUGGAAAGCUACUGGAGAGGGGUAAUCACAGAACAAAAUAAGUUGGAAUUGAUAAAUAAGAUAGCGGAACUACAGAGGCUACUCAAGAAGUCUACAUAUGAAUUCGAUGUCAUAGUUAAUCUGAAACGCAUAAAGGCAUUCAAGUGGAUUGCAAAUAUAGAUCAAGUGAACCUUGAAGACCUUAGGGAAUCUAUAUAUGCUAUGUAUCAAACCCUAGAACUUGAGAAAGAUGAAUUGAAUGAUGAAAGGUCACAAGUGAUAAUCAAGCAUCUUAUGACUGAUUUGAAUUUUCGUCUCAAGGCUAUCCCUAUUGGAAAUGAAGCAUCUAAAAGUCAGUAUAUUUAUGCAUAUCUUGUAGCCGUUACCAAUCUUUUUGGGAAUAAGUUCAAAGUUUGUCCAGAAAAGAAUGUCUCAGGUCCAAAUGGUCAUGGACCUGUAGAUUUUGCUUUAGUUCUAGUUCGGACUUCUAGGAUAAUUGGUAUUGCCGAGGGAAAGCCUAAGUUUAAACUAUCGAAACUGAUGGUUAUUGUAUAUGGGGAUGAAGAUAUGGAGGAUCGGGUAAAAAAUGUUCUUAGUGAUAUUGUGUGGUUGCUAGAGGAGGCUCAAAGGCUGAAUGGACCUGAAGCAUAUAAUAUUCUACGACACAUUGUUGGAGUUCCUGGAAUAAUUCUUGGUCUCAUGAUUACGCAGUGA